AUGCUCAACCCUCUGGACCAGCUACCAAUUGCGAACGGCGCCGAGUUUGACACCUGGACGGACCAGCAUGAAGAUGAAUGCUUGGAAGGCACCAGAACCGAGCUUCUCAAUGAGAUUGGAGAAUGGGCUGUGUCACCGCAAGGAAAGCUUAUUUUCUGGUUAAAUGGGAUGGCCGGGACAGGAAAAUCUACAAUCUCUCGCACUGUUGCGAAACGUUUCAAACAACAACGCGCCGAACGAGAGGGGAUACUGGGAGCGAGUUUCUUCUUCAAAAGAGGCGAGGGGGAUAGAGGCAAUGCAACAAAGCUGUUCCCGACGAUCACAAGACAGCUAGCGAAAAGCGUCCCUCGGUUGACCUCGAGCGUUCAAGCCGCAAUCGACAACAACCCUGAUAUUGCAACCAAAGGAAUGAGGGAGCAGUUUGAAAAAAUCCUUUUACAACCACUGUUGGGUUUGGACUCUCCUGCAAUCGCGAAUGUGGUUAUGGUGAUCGACGCACUAGAUGAAUGUGAUGGGGACAAGGAUAUAAGACUCAUACUGGAACUGCUAUCACAGCUACGAGAUUCAAAGACAUUGCGUCUCCGAAUUUUGUUGACUAGCAGGCCUGAAUUACCGAUUCGUCUGGGUUUCAAGAAGCUUAACAACUAUCAUAAAGAUCUAGCUCUCCAUGAAAUCCCCAAGGAAGCUAUUGAUUAUGAUUUGUCGUUGUUCUUAAACCAUAGACUCUCGGAAAUUAGAGAAGAUCGAGAUCCACCCUUACCUAUCGACUGGCCUGGAGCUAUGAACAUUCAGAAGCUCGUGGCAUUGUCCUCUCCAUUGUUUAUUUUCGCUGCUACAAUUUGCCGUUUAUUCGAAGAUCCUAAUUGGGACCCAGUGGAAAGUCUUUCCGACGUUCUCACACAUCAAAACGACGAAUCAAAAUUGGAUAGCACAUAUCUUCCUGUUCUUGAUCGGCUUCUCAAAGGACAAACAGAAGGGCAAAAGACAGAUCUGAUACAAGAAUUUCAUCAAGUAGUCGGUGCAAUUGUGAUAUUAGAGAGCCCGCUCUCAGUUCUCUCGCUUUCAAAACUCAUCGGCCUUCCCGAUAGGCGAAUUCAUAUUCGUUUAAGCUCACUGCACUCGGUCUUAAGAGUGCCAAAAGACGAUUCAUCGCCGGUGCAACUCUUCCACCUCUCGUUUCGGGACUUUCUGCUUGAUCCGAAAACCCGCCACAGAAGCCCCUUCUUCGUGAAAAAGUCAGAAGUACACUAUAGGCUGACGAUCAGUUGCCUCAAAGUGUGUGAUAACCUUCAAAAGAAUAUUUGUCGACUGCAGAGCGAAGGAAUCCAACGUAUAGAGAUUGACCGUCGGACUAUUGAUCGAUACAUUCUUCCAGAGGUACAAUAUGCCUGCCGAUACUGGGCUUUUCAUCUCGCGCAAUGCACAUACUCGCAAGAUAUGAUGCAUACUGUGCUCUUAUUUCUUGAGAAGCAUUUUCUACAUUGGGUUGAGGCUAUGUGUCUUCUAGGUCUUGCAUCGGAAGUGGUGGGGAUUAUUAAUCUCCUACAGAAUAUUGAUUCUGAAGGGGAAAAUACCCUCACAUUUGACUUCCUACAAGACGCGAACCGCUUUUUCCUGAAGAACCGCCAAAUAGCCGAUGUCGCACCCCUCCAAAUCUACUGCUCAGGACUUAUAUUUGCACCCAGAAAAUCGAUCAUCCGUGAGAAAUUUCAAUCAGACUUGCCAAAAUGGAUAUCUUGUUCACCAAAAGUUGAGGAAUGCUGGAGUGCAGAGUUACAGAUCCUCGAGGGACAUUCUGGUACGGUUACAUCGGUUGCAUCUUCGCCUGACGGCAGACUGCUAGCUUUCGGCUCAGAUGAUUGCACAGUUCGGCUCUGGGAUGCUGUGACAGGCACUCUACUACAGACUCUUAGGGGCUAUAAAGGCUCCCCUCUAUCGGUGGCAUUCUCAGCCGACAGCCGGCGCGUGGCAUCUGGUGCCUGGGAUGGGACAGUCUGGGUCUGGGAUACAGUGACAGGUGCCCUUUUAAAGACUAUGUACUGCCACGCAUAUGAAGUUCUAUCAAUAGCGUUCUCGCCGGACGGGCGAUUCGCAUCUGGCUCUCGUGACGGGACAGUCCGGAUCUGGGACUCGAGCACGGGCGCCUUACAAGAAACACUAACGGUUCAUUCAGGCUCUGUUUACUCAGUGAGUUUCUCACUGGGUGGCCGGCUACUAAUAUCCGGCUCUGAAGAUGGCACGGUCCAGCUUUGGGACACCGCGAUAAGCGCCUUACACCAGACCCUUGAGGGCUAUAUCGAUUCAUUUUGGUCGGAGGUAUUCCUGCUGAAUAGCCAGUCAACAUCGAAUUCAAAAGAUAAAAUAGUCAGACUUUGGCAAACCUCGAAAAGUGGCCUACAACAGACUCUCGAGGGACAUAUAGAUUCAGUCUUGUCGGUUGCCUUCUCACCCGAUAGCCGACAGCUGGCAUCCGGUUCAAAGGACAUGACAGUCCGGCUCUGGGAUACAAUGAGGGGUACCCUAGUACAUACUCUUAAGGGACAUUUGGGUUCUGUUACGUCGAUAGCUUUCUCACCCGAUAGCCGACAGCUAGCAUCUGGCUCAGAAGAUAGGACAGUCCGACUCUGGGAUCCAGAGAGGGGUACCCUACUGCAGACUCUUGUUCACUUGGAUAGUGUUUACUCAUUGGCUUUUCUGCCUGGAGGUCAUCUCGCAUCUGGCAUUAAAGAUAACACCCUCCGGCUCUGGGACCCAGCGACAGGUGCCCGGCAAAAGACUCUUGACAGAAAGCCGGGUUCAGUCUUUCGGAUGACCUUCUCACCCGACGGCCGGCUACUGGCUUCCGUCAGGGACAAUACAACAAUACAGCUCUGGAACACGGUGACAGGCGACCUGCACCAGACUUUCGAGGGUCACUUGUACUAUUCCCGGUCAAUAAGGUAUUUACACUUCUCGCCCGAUGGCCGGCUACUGGCUUCCGUCAAGGACAAUAUAAUACAGCUCUGGGACACGGUGACCGGCGACCUGCACCAGACUCUCGAAAGUCACAUGUACCAUUGUCAGUCAAUAAUCUUCUCGCUCGAUAGCCGAUUACUGGCUUCCACUGUUGAGGGCAAUACAGUACAACUCUGGAACACGAUAACGGGCGAAUUGCACCAGACUAUCGAUGAAUGCUAUCCGCGGUUGACAAAAUUCUCGCCCGAUAGCCGGCUACUGGCCUCCGUCAGGGACAAUACAAUAAAGCUCUGGGACACUGUGACCGGCGACCUGCACCAGACUCUCGAGAGUCCCUUGCACAAUGUUGACUAUAUAAUAUUCUCACCCGAUAGCCGACUAUUGGUCUCUAUUUCAAGCUUCGCAUUACAGCUCUGGGAAACGGAAGCUUCGAUCUUCAGUCGGGGCUCAGAAGCCAGGCUUCAAAAUUAA